AUGGAGUUCGAGAACAUGUACGGGCUCACGGCGACGCAAAAGUACGACUGUCUCUUGUUCGAUUUGGACGAUACGCUUUAUCCACUAAGCACUGGAGUCUCAAGAGAAUGUGGGAAGAACAUCAAAGAUUACAUGGUCGAGAAACUUGGUAUACCAAAUGACAAGAUCGUGGAGUUGUCUAAUCUUCUCUACAAGAACUAUGGAACAACAAUGGCUGGUCUUAGGGCGAUCGGAUAUGAUUUUGACUACGAUGAGUACCACAGCUUCGUCCACGGUCGUUUACCGUACGACAACAUAAAACCUGACCCUGUUCUUCGCAGCCUCUUGCUUAGCCUUCCUCUCCGCAAAGUCAUAUUUACAAACGCGGACAGAGUUCACGCGGCCAAGGCGUUGAAGAAGCUGGGAUUAGAGGAUUGUUUUGAAGGAAUCAUAUGUUUCGAAACGCUGAACCCGACGCACAAAAACGUCCCGUCUAAUGAUUCCAAGAUUUUUGAUAUCGUGGGACACUUUGACCGGUCUGAACCGGUCGAGUCACUUCCCAAAACGCCUGUUGUGUGUAAACCGUCUGAAUCUGCUAUCGAGAAGGCUCUUGAAAUCGCCAAUAUUGAUCCUAACCGAACGUUGUUCUUUGAGGACAGUGUCCGAAACGUACAAGCUGGAAAACGCGUUGGUCUUUACACCGUUCUGGUUGGUACAUCGAACAAAGUCAAAGGAGCAGACUACGCUUUGGAAAGCAUUCACAACAUGAAAGAGGCAUUACCGGAGUUAUGGGAGUCCGACAUGAAAUCGUCGGAUGUUGGAUAUUCUGGCAAGGUCGCCGUUGAGACGUCUGUUACAGCCUAA